UCAUUUUUCAAGUUCUUUCCUAAUCAAUAACAUUACGAGAUCGAGGUGUUGGGAAAGUAAAUCUAUACAUAUCAAGUGAACUGAGUACAGUAUUUGUAAAAGCUUUGUUGCACACUGACUAGGCACUAAAUCACAUGUUGCAUAAACUGGAUAGUGUAUUUCGUAGGCAACUUACAUGUUCUUAUAUUGGAAAGUGUCAUCUAAAGUGUUUUGAAGAGGCUUCCAUUUAUUUUUAAACACAGAAAUAUACUCUAAACUAAUACUAAUAAAUUAGUUUGAACAAUUUUUCAUAUAGUUUUGUAAUUUUUAAUUGUCUAAAUGAUAAAAAGUAACAUGACAGUACAAAUAAUUAUUAUUCAUCAAUGAUUGACUAGGACCCCAAAUGUCACCCAAAAAUAUAUCUUGGCACAUGCUAUAGCAUUAUGAAAGUGGGAAAACAAAAUAGAGGAAAAAUCUAAUAUAUUAAUUUACCAUGGUCCACUAUUAAAAUUACUUGUUAUAAUCUGGUUAAAAAAAUUACUUGUAUAUCCUUAAUCCACUUAGCAAUCAACAUAAUUACCAUCAAAAGAAAAAUUAGAAAAAAAAUCUGAUAUGAGAGAAAUAUUUUUGAGAAAUUGCAUCCACUAUACACAACAAAAACCAAAAUUCAUUAACUAACUAAAAACAACCUCUCUCUCUCUCUUACUUUCUCUUCCUAUCUCUCUCUCUACUCUCUCUCUCUCAAAAUCUAAUUUCCCUUAUUUUUUUGGUUAUUUAAUAAAUAAGCCCAAUAUUUUUUUUUGAGCAAACAUGAGAGAAAAAUAAAAAAAAAGUAAGAAAAUUGUAAAAAAAGUAUAUAAACAGAGAAACUGAGCUGUGAGAAAAAACUGUAGCUAUCAAUGGUGUGGGCGCUUAAUGGUUUAUCAUCACUGUCUCCUUCCCUUUUAACAAUGGUGUUUUGACCUCUCUCUCUCCUCCUCUCUCCUUCAACUUGUUGUGGCAAUCCCUAAUAAACCCCUAAUUUUUCUUUCAUUUCCAUUUUGAUUUGCCUCGCGUAUACUUCUUCGUUGUGCUUCUUAAGAAUCAGAUAAACCCCUCUCUCUUCUUUGCUUUUCUUAGCUCAUCAGUAAGAUACGCCAAAGAUAUCCUCUUGAAGGGUUUAUCGCCCUUAUUUUCGGGGAAUUCGAUUCAGUAGAAAAGAGAUUCCCUUUUCGAUUCGUCUUCUCCGAGAUUCUCUCUCUCUUUAGUUUAUCCGAGUUAUUAGUGUGUUUCUGUGGAUCUCUAGCUUGUGGAACGCUACAAGAUUCGAACUUUGCUGAUAGUCUGUUUGGAAUCCUAGUCUGAUUAGAUUUAGAAAAAAUGACUGUGGAAGAAGUUAGUGAUGGUUCUGCGUGGAGUAGGGAAGAUGAUAUUGCCUUCGAGAGAGCUCUUGCUAAUCAUACAGAUGAAUCCGAGGAAAAAUGGGAGAAUAUUGCUGCUGAUGUUCCAGGGAAAAGUGUUGACCAGAUUAAAGAGCAUUACGAGCUUUUAGUUGAGGAUGUUGAUAGGAUUGAGUCAGGAUGUGUCCCUCUUCCUUCUUACCGUUCUCCUCUUGACGAUGCUGGUGACGAUGGUGGAAGCAGUAAGAGAGGAGGUAACAGUCAUGACCAGGGAAGCAAAGCGAAGGCUGAUCAAGAACGGAGAAAGGGUAUUGCCUGGUCUGAGGAUGAGCACAGGUUAUUUCUUCUUGGUUUGGAUAAGUACGGGAAAGGUGACUGGCGUAGCAUUUCUCGUAACUUUGUGGUAACAAGAACACCGACCCAAGUAGCGAGCCAUGCAAAGUACUUCAUUCGUCUAAACUCAAUGAACAAAGACAGAAGACGAUCAAGCAUUCACGACAUUACUAGUGUUGGCGACGCAGAUGUCUCAACGCCACAAGGACCGAUCACUGGUCAGAAUCAGAACAACAACACCAACAACACCGGUUCUGCUGCUGUUGUUGGAGGAGGAAACAAAUCAGCCAAGCAACCCGCCUCCCAACCACCACCUGGACCUCCUAUGUAUGGAACACCCACCAUAGGUCAACCAGUAAGUGGACCAUUGGUCUCAGCAGUUGGAACACCUGUGAACCUCUCAGCUCCGCCUCACAUGGCUUAUGGAGUCCAUUCUGCUCCAGUCCCUGGAUCAGUGGUUCCUGGUGCACCUAUGAACAUGGCUCAGAUGCCGUACACCAUGCCGAGGACACCAACUGCUCAUAGGUAACGUCGAAAGUACCUUUGUUAUGAUAGUGCUCUCUGUUUAGGUGUAAGAAAGCUGUGUAAAGGAUUUAGUUAAUAUUCCUUGAGCGAGUUUUUUUUAUUACUUGUGGGAUUUUUACGAGAUCGAAUAAGAAAGAUAUUAAUCUUUA